GGCCUUUGAUAUCAUGUCUUAUCGUCAAACUGCUUCGGAACACUAUAGCGCCCGGCAACGCAAGGCUAGUAAUGGUGACAAUCCUUCCGUCCAUAAAUCAACUUCCACCCCUGUACUACGCUCUAGAGACCGUCAGAGCAUGCCUGUCUUGUCACAACAACAGAAACAAGUGGCUCCUCGACGAGAUGAUUCUCCUAUAGGUCGACACCCCAGUCCACGUAGAGAAGAAUCACCAAAGCAUCGAUCCUCGCCUAAUCACUCCAGACGUGAAAGCCCUCCUUCCCGAUCACCAGAUAACUCUAGAGACGCUUCACCCAGGCGCUCAUCCCCACAUAGUCAAAGGUCUCCUCAUUCCUAUCCAACAUACCCUCCUCCUUCCGAACAUAAAAUACCAAGUCCACCUCAACAUGCUCCCAAAAGAAUACCUACGCCACUGCCUCUCCUUACCCAGUCAUCGGCCCAAUUCACCCACCAAGAACGUCGUCCAUCUGUCACAUCGGUAGCUUCCAAAACCCCUUCCAUUCGUUCCGAAAUGUCCAUCAACACCAAACUGUCCUUAUCCAAGAGACUUCGACGCGUGUUUAGCAUGAGUAGCUUAUCAUCCAAGGCUAAUGAUUCAACCGUUUCGCUUCAGUCACAGAUCACCGAGAAUGAUAUUUCGCCUAAGCCCACUCGGUCCUCCACCGCAUCCUCCUUUGUAGCAUCCAGUGCUUCACAACAACAAACUUUGGUGGAUGCUGCGUAUUCAGAAUCCGCCUCCAUUAUUGGACCCCAACCUCUCAGCAGCAUUUCAUCUCCCGCAGCAAAGUCCUCCUCACGCCGUCGAUCGAUUGUAUCGUUAAGCAAUAUCUUUUCACGCAACACUUCGUCGUCUGGUGUCAACAAACAAAAGGCACAACAGGCUGAACCUACAGUCGCAACGGUGAUUGUACCAGCACACACUGGCACGAAUCAACGCCACUCCACCACUGACCUGCGCAAAAUGAUCAAUGACCAAGGCUCAGAUAAGGCCAACCGAUCUAAUGCUGAACGACCCAAAGUGGAUACUUCUUUAGCUUCGAUUCAGCCUUCGAAAGGAAGCUUGAAGCGUGAGUGGCGCUUUUUAGUUGGGGGGUUCUGCACGACAUGAAUGCCAUAUUAACAAUUUAGGUCGUGUUCUUCUUUUUUAGCGGCACGCCGGGGUUCUGCAUCUAAACCACCUGAUUCGCCAACCUCCAUUUCGUCCGCUUCACGUUCGCCAGUGACUCCCCCUCCUCACCGUCAAUUACCAAGAUCACAAGCCUCAUAU